AUGUCCUCUUCUCCCACCGACACGACUAAAGCCAUUUCGGAUCUCCCUAUGGCCCCCCUCGCUAUCGCUGGUUCGGUGGCCGCUGCACUCAGUGCUGGAGUUCUCAUCUAUAGACAUCGUCACCAAGAGCUUCCUCUUCCGCGCUCCCUACGUCGUAUAGCGCCAGCCCUACUCACCAGAGCAGGUGGACAGGCCGAGUCGGCUCACUUCAAGAUGCCAGUGUUUGAUGGCCCCGUCUUGUAUGAGAAGGGCGCCAAUGGUCAGAAGAUGGAUAAACGAUUAUACUGUCAACUCUACGUCCUGGACUGCAUCAACGCCGCUAAGUUGCCGGAGGCUCGAGAGAAGCUUCAGCUCGAGUUGGUCAGAAGGAACAUCCCAAGUGUUAUUUACGACGAUGUGAACAGUCCGAAGACCAUCGGCCUCCUAACUUGGAGUGAGGACCCGAAACAUUUCCCUACUGUGGUUAACCCCGUCCUCCAGUUGGAGGGUAUUGGUGAUGUAUUGGAACCUAGACAGGGCUGGACCAUGCUUGGCAAGACCUAUUCAAGUGGCCACGAGGCUGACCUUGGAGACUAUCUCCUCCAGAAAGUCAUUCGUAAUGUGACUAUGAAGGAUACCGAGUAUGCCAUCUGGUACCCUAUGAGGAGGGAAGGAAAGUUCUCUAUGGAAAAACCUGGGGACCAGUGUCAGAUGCUCCUCCAGCAUGCUGCUAUCGGAAAAGCUUACUCCAAGGUUGGUGCUUGGGAUGUCCGUCUUAACUGCUACGGUCUUGAUGCUGCUGACAACGAGUUCGUCAUUGGCCUAGUCCACAAGGAGCUCAAUCCCCUUUCUAAGUUGGUCGAGGACAUGCGUAAAACAGAGCACACCGCUCUCUUCAUGAAGUCCCUCGGACCUUUCUUCGUUGGUCAUCGUGUUUUCGUACGAGAGAAAAGCACUGGGAAUAUAUACGCUAUGAAGCAGAUGAGGAAGAAGGACAUGGACAGGAAGAAGCAGGUCCAUCACGUCUUAGCCGAGAGGGAUGUCCUGGCGCUAGCCCACACUGACUGGGUUAUCGACUUGAAGUACACUUUUAUGGACAAGCACUUCCUGUAUAUGGUCAUGGAAUAUCUCCCUGGUGGUGACCUCAUGACGCAUAUGAUCAGGAAGGACAAAUUCACAGAAGAGGAGACCCGUUUCUACGUCGCCGAGUUGGUCCAAGCCGUGGACUAUAUCCACACGAGCCUCUCCUACAUCCACCGUGACGUCAAGCCUGAUAAUAUCCUCUUUGAUGCUAGAGGACACAUCAAGCUUCUGGACUUCGGCCUCAGUAAAUAUCAUCCAGACCUUGUCACUAAUCUGGCCGGUACUCCCGACUACAUGGCCCCAGAGGUCUUCUCUGGCACUGGCUACGAUGAGUCUAUCGAUUGGUGGAGUGUUGGUGUCAUCAUGUACGAGAUGCUCUUCGGCGGCCCCCCCUUCUCCAACGAAACCCACGACCCGCUGGUAACGAGCCGUCGGGUGCAGAAUUGGCGCCGAUACUUUCACAUACCCACUUCUAACGGUGGCUGCAGUCCAGAGGCUGAGGACCUAUUGCGACGUUUGAUAUGCGAUGCUAAGGACAGACUCAGUUUUUUCAGUGCCGACGCCAUCAGAGCUCAUCCCCUCUUCGCUGGUCUUGAUUGGGAUCAUUUACGCGAGCUUGAAGCGCCGAUCAACGAGACUGACACUCAGAAUUUCGACGACUUCCCCGAAGAGAUGCACGCCGGCACCCAUGCCUUCCCAUCGCAGGGAGGAGCCGAGUCCCGUGAUCGUGUGGACUACAUAACUCACUAUCUUUUCGCUCACGCCGAGUUGAUUUCUGGUCAUCUUCCAAUGGCUCCUGUCGCUAAGAAUGACCGAUACAGCGAGAGUGACGUGUUGGAGAUUUUCAAGCUCCCCUCUAGGCCACGUGGAGGCGGUGAAGUUGUGGUGAAUCUCGAGAGGAUCGCCAAUACGCUCAUGUCGCAUCUGUUGACCAGAGACCUCCUACUCCGCGAACGACGUAUCCACUCCGAGCGCAGGAUCUGA